UGCGUGAAUAUGCUGUACUGUGGCACGGAAAUCCCACUGCGGCCGGAAUUGCUGAUAGACGGAUAAUGAUACGAGCCUGAGAUGCGGCCUGAUGCGGCAUCAAAUGACGAAGGUCAGGCACAAGUGUCAAAUGACUUACAGAUGCAACCCUUGCGUCCACCGUAACCGACGUGUGUCUGUGGCAUAAAUUACGCACGUACGAGACCGCAAUGGUAGAUCAGCCUACAUAACAAAUUCCUUAUCGCCCUUUCUGAAGGUCAUGACAACUUAGAAAGUUGUCAAGUAUUUUGGCGACACCCGGCGAUUCAUGGUUUUGACACCCGCGGUUGAGCGAACAAGAGAGACAUCAAAAGUCAGUAAACAAGAUCAUCCUGAUGCGUACUUUGUAUUAUGUAAGCAUGUUUGGUUGGCAUGGCCGCCACUGGCACUGCAGCUCCGGGUCAAUCCUCAGCUCCCUGAAUCCUGGACCUGCCACAAGACAUGUGCGCCGCGCUACAGUUCCAGUACAACCUAUAUUGGCCUACGCCCAAGUAUUCCAGUACUGGAAAUCAUCAAAAGGGUCUGUGAAAUGUGCUUCAGAAGUUCAAGCUUGGCUUGCUGGCGCUCCUUAGUGACCAAAUAUGAACUCCAAUGUUUCCACAGCGCUAUUUUUUCCACAGGUGGAGUGAAGAAUGCCAACAAAGAAUCUGUCGAUCAGGGUGACCUUCUGUCCAACGAGACGGUCCGGAGUCGAAAACAAACGCCUCAAUUCUCAAACCUACCCCCCAAUUCUUUCGUACUUCGAGCCACGUACAUCUAUUUGUCGUCAUUACGGGCUGGUCACAGUGUUCAAACGUUCAUUCAUGAAAUAUUAAUCAAAUCAAAUCCACCUUGGUGGUAUAUUCGCCGCCAAGUGACGUCCCCUAGCGGAGAAUCUUCGACGAGUGUUAAUUUUGGGGCAAGUAAUGAUUCUCCCGUUUGUUCACACCGGUUGACUCAAAUAUGUCUGUUCUUGAUUAGAUAUUUUUAUGUACCCUCCGGGAGAGGCAGUUGCAUCGUGAUGUACCAUCCCUAUAAAAAGCUUUGAAGUUAAAGUUUUUCUUUUUGAAGAGAAGAUAACAU